GUCAGAGUUCCAAGAAACGUCAUGCGCCUUCUUGACACAGAAACUGGGCAGUUCUUUGAGACGAAUCCCAAGGUCGCUACGUACGCCAUCUUGUCCCACACCUGGGAUCCCUUAAAGGGGGAGCAAACGUACAAUGAGCUCAAGGGGAGUCAGGGCCGUUAUCCUAUGGAUACCCAACAGCCCCCUUUGAGUCAGUCCUUCCCCUCUCCGACCAUUCUCGGGUCGUCAGACUCCAUUCUUACCAGUUCUUCUCCCCCUUCCAUUUGGGACGACCCGAACUUCUCUCCGAAGAUCCGAGACGCAUGUGCGAUCGCGCGCGCAAAUGGCUUCCGAUACAUAUGGAUCGACUCUUGCUGCAUCGACAAGGGCAGUAGCUCAGAGCUUUCCGAGUCGAUCAACUCAAUGCACGCUUGGUACGCGGCUGCGAAGGUUUGCUACGCGUUUCUGGCGGAUGUUGUGGCCGAAGAAGAUUUGGCCUAUCCACUCUCCACCUUCCGCAAGAGCCGGUGGUUCACCCGUGGGUGGACGCUCCAAGAGCUCAUUGCACCCUGGGAUGUCGUCUUCUUCUCCGGAGAUUGGAGGGUUAUGGGAUCGAAGGAUACGUUGGCUGACCUUCUGGAGACGGUUACGGGCAUCGAUCGCGGAGUGUUGCUGCACCAAAAAUCUCUCGACGAGGUCAGCGUCGCUGCACGUCUCUCUUGGGCGGCCAAACGUGUCACUACAAGGGUCGAAGACGAAGCAUAUUCACUUCUAGGGAUCUUCGACAUCAACAUGCCCACGCUAUACGGUGAAGGCAUCCGUGCUUUCCGCCGUCUACAGGAGGAAAUCAUGCGUCGCAUCCCAGAUCAGAGCCUCUUCGCACCUGGGUUGGGACUACUCGGAUGUGCGACACCCGUCAAUACCGCUGCACAGAAUGACGGUAUUCCACAUCCUGCGUUCAUCCGCAGAUGUCAGCUACAGGAGUCGUCCCGACAGUCUCUUGUACCCUCCCUCACCAAUUUCCGGGAUUCCGGGAGCAUCAGGGUGGUCCCUCGCCACACCGUACGCAGAAUCCUCGGCCUCUCUG